CAACUGGUGAAUAUUAGUAGGAAUCAGUAGGAAUAUCCUAUAAAACAGGGGUGGCUUCUAUGUUAAACAGCAAAAGAAGUGCAAAUAAAGGCAUGGGUUGGAUCAAACCCAUGUAAACUCCUCCUCUCCUGGGAAGUGUAGCUGAGUAACCGAGUCCCCAUGAGAGCUGCGCACAUGACAAUAGAAACCACUGCUUCACACCCAGCACAGUUUCUCUGACAGCGAGCGCUAACGGUCCUGCUCAGGCUGUGUUGAAAGUGACAUACCAAUGGGUGCGUUUGUGAAUGUUUAAUCUCAUCCCCACAUGCACGAGUGGACACGGCUUCAACUAAAAGGAGAUCUAUAAGUUGCUCUUCUAAUGCUGGACUAUUAUGGUCCAGCUUGAGAGUGCCAAGUGCAGUUUCCUUUUCUGCCUUGGAAUCUGUAUCCUUAUCUGUUCCACCAUCUACCUAAAGGCCAAUAUAUCUAACGCACCCCAAGCUUCUGCCUCUCCAAACGACUUUAUCUGCCAAGCCCCGGAGGAAGACUGUCCGAUUCUUCCGUCGCCAACGCCGGGCUUCCGAUGGGAGCGAAAAGACUGUACGAGACUGACGAGCUACGUCGCCGACCCCAAAGCGAACUGCAACCAGUUGCAAUCGAAACUUCACUUUAUCAUGGUGCCAUUAAGCAAAGAAGAAGAAGACUUUCCUUUAGCCUUCAUCAUUACUAUACACAAAGAGCUUGAAACAUUUCUUCGACUUCUGAGAGCCAUCUACGCGCCGCAGAACGUCUACUGCAUUCAUGUGGACGCUAAAGCGUCGGAGGACUACAAGGCGAGCGUUCGGAACCUAGCCAGGUGCUUUCCGAAUGUCUUUCUGGCUAGUGUCAGCGAAAGGGUGACCUACGCUGGUUUCUCCCGUCUGAAGGCGGACAUCAACUGUAUGGAAGACCUUGUGAGGUCUCCCACGAACUGGAAAAGAGUUAUCAAUUUGUGCGGCCAGGACUUUCCCAUCCAGACCAACUUGGAGUUGGUUCGUUACAUGCAGGAAUCUAGAUGGAAAGAUAAGAACAUGACACCGGGAGUCAAGCAGCCAUCUUACAUCCAGUACAGGACUCAGUUUCAAUACAAGGAGGUCAAGGACUCCCAUGUGGCACCAGUAGGCAAAGGCCACAAGAAGGGACCACCUCCACAUAACCUGACCAUCUACUUCGGGACUGCCUAUUACUCCUUGACAAGGCAGUUUGUACAGUAUGCACUCAACAGCCCGGUAGCCAAAGACUUGUUGAGUUGGUCUAGAGAUACCUUCAGUCCAGAUGAGCAUUACUGGGUGACGCUGAAUCAUGUGCCGGAAGCCCCUGGGAGUUAUCCUGAGAGUGGAUGGGAAGGCAACGUUCGUGCUAUCAAAUGGAAAGAACAGGAGGGAAUAUCACACCAGGGUUGUCAAGGACGAUAUGUCAGGGAUAUCUGCAUAUACGGGACUAGAGACUUGCCGUGGGUUGUGGAAAAAUACAGCAUGUUUGCUAAUAAAUUUGAGACUGCGGGCUUCCCUAAAGCUUUGGACUGUCUGGAACUGUGGCACAGACACAAACUUCUACAGCAAAGUAUGGUUCCUAUACAACCAUCAUGGCAUCUUAUCACAGAAGUCCUGGAAGGCACUCCAAAUUCAACAGCAGGGGGGUGAACGUAAAGACAAACAUCACGGCACUUUAUCGUUUCCUUAAAUCGAGUCUCUCUUGGCACGGCAGGAAAAGGACAAAAACCUCUGAGGUUCACUUGCUGCUGAUGCUACGUUGCAGCUGUAAAGACUUGAUCGUAACUGUUGUAUUGUUAAUAGAAAUGUUAGCCAACUUUAUGUUACAAUGAAGAUAUAAUGCAUUGUCCAAGCAUCCAUAAAGCUGACAUAUAAAUGGUCUCUGACACAUAGAUCUAACAAAUACUGCUACAGAGUUCAUCAUGUUGAAUAUUAACGUACAUUGGAGUUGACAAAUUAUAUUUAAGUAAUAUAUGUGAAAUAUGCAAUUGAAUCCUAUGGUUUUACAUACUGUUGUUUUACUUUAAACAUUAUUAUUCUUACGAUUAUUAUUAACCAUUUCUAUUGAAUUUGGGUAUUACAUUGCAAGUUCAGUCCGGCCCUACUUAGUUAGCGUUGCUAAUACAGUUUCCAUUACAGAUUUGCGCAUAGCGCAUGCAUUAUUUUCUAAAUGUCUAUAAAUUUUGACGUCGUUUUCACUAACCAAUGGUAUGAGUCUAAAACAUAGUUUUUCCUCUAGCAAUAAGUCAUUCCAAACAUCACGUUGACAGCUGUUUGUAUGUUUACUAAUAUCACAUCCACCCCAUCCACCCCACCAAACAUUAAUGCCAAGCAGACACAUAUUGAGGUGUUUCUGGGAGGGUUUAGUACAUACCUCGUCAUCUUCACAUAAUAAUUAUGUCACUUACAUAUUUAAGUUAAACUGAAAAUGCGAAUAUACUGUUUCCAUUGUAGUUUAGGGCAAAUAUACCUUUUUUUGAAUAGCCUGAAAAACCACCUCAUGCGAGCAUAAAAACUUUUUUUGCGAUAUAUGGGACUUUAUACAAAAUUGACGUGUUUCCAUUGGCUGUAUUUUCUAGGGCUGCAAAACGAUCGCAACUAAUAGUACUUAUAAACUAAUAAACUUUUGAAUAUAUGUGGGUGUACUGUGUAUAAUAAUUGUGUAUGUAUAAAUACAAACACGUGCAUGUAAAAUUUUAAGAAAAAACAUUUGAUUAAACAUUAAGUAUUUAAAAUUAAAUAUAAUAUUUAUUGUAUAUAAAUAUAAAAAUCUAUAAACACGUAAAUAUUUCUUAAAUACAUGGUUGCAUCCGUGUGUAUUUAUAUAUACAUAUUUAUUAUACACAGUACACACACAUAUAUUUGAUGUAAACAAAAAGUUUUAUUUUUUAGUCGCGAUUAAUCGUUUUGAAGCCCUAGUAUUUUCAAUUCUCAAUGUCAAUUUGCGCAAUUUGAAGGGUAAUGGAAAUAAAGCUACUGUCAGUCUUUCUCGCUAACCCCUCUAGCACUUUAAACUAGGGCUGUAAUGAUUAAUCGUGCAAAUGCACGUUUUCUCAAUGAAUGAAUUUGAAUGAAUUACGGUGAAAUCCCGACACAUCCAAAAGCCUGGGGGUGCUCUCGUGCAGAAACUCCCUUUGUGCCACAGAAGUAGCAUUACUAUCCCAGGAAAUGUCUACAGGAAUAUUUAUAUCGCCGUUCUUCAGAUUGUUUCAGGUAUUUUCAUGAUAACAAAGAAUAUUUUAAAUGAUUUUGUUUAACAAGUGUUGCUUUUUUAAAUGCACGUUAUAAACGACUCUGACUUUUAGACUGAUAAGGACUUCCUACUGACCAAAUGCCGUAGCACAAGCUGUGCAUGAAACACUGAAUCGAUUUCAGACAGGCAUUUUUAAUGGGACACACGAUUAAUCGUUACAGCCCUACUUUAAACUUAAAGACUGUUAGAUUGAAUGAAUUUUACUGCAGAUUUAUUUAAUUAUGUUUUGAAUUUAUGAAUAACGUUAAGAAACAUAUAUGUAUUUUUUACAAUAUAUUUGUUUCAUUAAAUUAAUUAAUAAAUAAAAACUUUCAUGGUGCACACA